AUAUUAGCAAAGCCAUUAUUAUUCAAUCGUCAUAUCGAUUAUAUAAAACCCUAAUCGAUAAACGAUGAACGACCUAAAGUACCAAUUCGAUUUACGAAGGAGAGAAAAAGAUAAUCGAAGAAUGAGAACAAUGGAUUUGUUCGGAGAGGAGAUGGAGGAUCAGAUAACAACCAUGGCUAUGGAUGUUGACGACGUCGACAAUUUCGAUAUCUUAUCCGAAGGUAUUUCCGUCAAUGAAAGCAAAGUCGCUGAUGCUGAUUUCUUCAAUUCCUUCCAAGAUGAUUUCGAUGAUGCUGAUAUCAACUAGUUAGGUUUUUUUCAUAUUGAUUAGAAAAGAUGAAGCUGAAUUUGAUUUAGUACUUUGUUUUUUUUUGGAUUUUUCUGUUAAUAUGAUGAUGGAUCUUUGAUGAUUAAUCGGAUUUAUUUCUUGUUUUGAAUUUUGUGA